CGCAAGCGCAAUGUUGAACAUUAUGAGCGUUACGUUCCGAUAUAAAGGAGCUUGCGAAUAGAAGAAGCGUAUUACUCUAGCGAAGCACUCUGCCACGCUGAGAUGAACGUCAUCCUAAUUCCGUUCUUCCUAGCGGCCAACGUGGUCGUCAACGACACGUCGGAAUGGAUUUACGGACCGGAGUGUUUGUACAACGUGAACGUAACCACCGUAAUUAAAUCGGACUCGCCAACAUCGGUAUUCAAUAUCAAAAAUAUACAGCUAAUAUCCGCGAUGAAGUGUCAGCCGAAGGCGGCGGAGAAUACUUUGCUCUGCAUCCUGCAGAACUCCACGGAAAUCAUGUCUCGGCAUGAGGAUAAUACGACUCGCGAGAUCAAAACUGAGCAGAUAUUCGAGAUCAAGUUUAACGAGCAAGGCGUGGAGAGCGUGUUGAUCGAAUCGCCGUCCAACUGGCAAAGUGUCGACAUCAUUCGGAAGAUCGCUAAACAGUUGAGCGUGGACGCCGACAUGAACAGGAAGAUCGGCGUGUCGCAGUUCAUGGUCCCCGAGGUCACAUCGUUCGGCAAUAGCGUGAUGACCAUGUACAAGAUCACGCGCGAGGAGUUACCUGAAACGCUGGAGACGCUCGACGUGACGAAGGGCGUCGAUUUCCAAUUGGUGGUGUUGCCGAUGGCGGACGGGAGGCCCAGAACGACUCUCACCAUCGAGAAAUCCAGAAUGGGCAACAUCAUUUUGCCGCGCUCCUUCUUCGGCUUCACAGGGACCGUGAAGAUGGGGAGAUCCUACAGCAAGAUUUACGUCGACGGCUUGAGCGGAUUCGAGACCUACGAGAUGAAGGAUGCGGAACUGCGAGUGCCAGUCUGGAAAAGUAUUGUGUCCAGAAUAAUGGCGUUCAACGUCCUGCUGAGUCUGGACAGUAUCGUGCCCGCGCAAGACCCACCCCCGUUCAUCUCCAAUGGAAAAUUGAUCGAUCUAAACCUAGACACCGAUAUACCGAGUAACAUAGAUUAGACGCGAGAUAGAGAGAGAGAGAGAGAGAAACGUGCACUCUACUUGCCACACUUGUAGAUAAACUGUAGAACUGUAUCCAUUAAAAAAAAGAACUGUAAAGGAACAUUAAUAAAAAGCAUCUAAUAAAAAAA